AUGCUUUGUACAACGAUCACCACAGCCGGAAUUUAUUUAAUCUACAGAAAGAUGCACGGCGUUUCCGGCUGUUCCUUUUGCGACAUUGUAACAAACAAGAAGGAUCAGCACUUGGCCACCAGCGAUAAGUGCGUGGUGAUCAAGGAUAAAAGCCCGAAGGCUCCACAUCACUACCUGGUUCUUUCACGCGCUCACAUCAACAAGCCGACCGACCUUACGUAUGCUGAUGUUGACCUCAUCAAAGAGAUGGAAACGGCCGGCCGCGAGGUUUUACGCGUUGAACUGAAAGCGAAAGGUGAAGCUGAUACGGUGGAGGAUAUGUUGCGCAUUGGAUUCCAUUGGCCACCAAUGGUCCGAGUAAACCAUCUCCACAUGCACGUCCUAUAUCCGGUUAAAGAUCUCGGAUUUUUCUCGAAGAUGCUCGUUUUCAAGCCAGGAAAAGUGUUCAAGGAAUCCGGAAAGUUGAUUCAGGAGCUUGAGGAGAAAUCUGGCCGUCGACCAUCGGAUCAAGUUCACGAUGUAGACCCGAACAACCCGGCGAAAAAUGACGUCUACGAGGCUUUGCCCGCCCACGCUAUCGCCAAC